UAUUUCAAGGUGCUGCCGGACCAGGCGAGCGUCCUGAGGGGCAUCGUGGUGCCCACGUGCGACGACUGCUCCAAGACCAUCUACGUCCAGGUGGUGUCGCUCAUCGGCUCAGGACUCACGCCGCACAACCUGUUCCUGCACUCGGGGCUCGUCAAGGAGGCCGUGGACCGCGAGGGCGUCGAGGCCGUCCAGCUGUCGAGCGUAAACCUGGUGCUGCUCGUCGAGGUGUGCCUGGCCGUGCUCGUGUCGUACGUCUUCAACGUCUUCAUCACGUCCGUGAUUGGGGCCACCGUCUUCGGCCAGACCAACAGACAGCUGAACGACAACGAGACGGCCUCGGCAGACAUGUACACGGGCGGGGUGUUCCUGGGGUGCCGCUUCGGGUCCGUGGCGCUCACCAUGUGGGCGCUGGGCGUGCUCACCGCGGCGCUGGCGGGCACCCUGCACAGCAGCCGCGCGGGGCGCUUUAUCAUGGAGGGCUUCCUCCGCAUCCAGUGGAGCCACUGGCGGCGCGCCAUCGUCGUCCGGGUCCUGGCCGCCACACCGCUGCUGUUCGUCGCCCUAUUCUCCAACGUCACCACGCUGGUCGCCAUCAACUCGCUCCUCAACCUGGUGCUCAGCCUGCACCUGCCGGCCGCCGCCAUCCCGGCCAUCGCGCUCACCGCCAACCGCAGCGUGAUGGGGGACCACGUCAGCAGCAAGUGA